AUGUACACCAGCACGAUCGCUUCCGCCGCCGUCCUCGGCCUGGCUACCAUCUCUAUCGCUCUCCCAACACAGAAGACUACCAACAGCAGCUUAAUCGCUACAACCAAAAGCUCCAGCAGCGCCAGUGCCUUCAAGUUCCCCUUGGCCAAUGGCUUCCCUGACAUCAAAAACCCAUCCGACCACCUCACUCAAAUCCAGCAAGACGCCCUCGGCACCCUCCCCAAAGCCGCCGCCAACGCUCCCAAGGGCGCCAAGCCCCAACCCGACUCCAUAACCUCCCUCGGUUUCAUCGCCUUCAAUGAACUCUUCGAAGUCGCCUUCUUCACCGAUCUCAUCACCAACAUCACCACAAGCGCCCCCGGCUUCGGCGAUGGCGACCUCGAAAUUCUCGGCCAGAAAAAAGACGACAUUCUCAAAAUCCUCACCACCGUGCUCGCCCAAGAGGAACUCCACGAGCUAAACGCAAACGGCGCAUUCGAGACUCUCACCGGCCACGAGAUUGAGCCGUGCCAAUACAUAUUCCCCGCCUCCAAUUUCCGCGACGCGAUCCGUCUCGCGGCGACAUUCACCGACGUGGUCCUGGGCACACUCCCGGAUAUCCAGACCAUCUUCGCCAACGACAACGACAACGGCCUCAUCCGCGGUGUUGGCUCCGUCAUCGGCCAGGAAGGCGAGCAGAAUGGCUUCUACCGCCAGAUCUUAGGCAAAAACCCUUCCGCUCUCCCCUUCCUGACCGCCAGCGCCAGGGACUUUGCGUUCUCCGCUAUCAACCAGAACUUCGUCGUCCCGAGUUCCUGUCCGUCUCUCGAUAUUCUCAAGCAAGGCGGUCUUAAGAUCUUCGAUGUGCUUACCGUUGUCGAGGCGCCUGCUGAGUUCGAGCCGAAGAAUCAAGAUCUCAAGUUCUCGUUCAAGACCAGCCAGACGAACGUCGCAGCCCCUAAGACCAACUCUUUGGUCGCGCAGCAGAACUUUUUGACGUAUGUUAAUCAGCAGAAUGCACCUGUCUCGGUGGCGAUCGAGGAUCAGAGUAUUGGGGAUGAUGGUGCGAUCCACUUCACUGCGCACUUUCCCGGUGCGGAUAAUGAGAUGAAUGGACUUACCAUUGCGGCCAUUACGACGGGCAAGGACUUUGUGGAUGUUGAUACUGUGGCUAAGGCUACGCUGUUUGGGCCGGCUUUGAUUGAGAUUGAUUGA